GUGUGUGUGUGUGUUUUCUGUGUGUUAUUAUGUGACUUAUUUGAUUCCCAGGAACCGUUUGGAGGCUCUCCUCUCAGAAUGCUGGGAUACCGAAGACACACAGUGCAGUGACUAUGGUGUAGAUACAUGUAUUAGUUACCUGGAUUUUGCUCUGAUUCUUGGGGGAGAUCCAGAAUGCCAAAUGGCCUUGACAGCUACCAUGGGCACAACACUCCAGCAUCCCUGCACGUGUAAAGGACUUUACAACAGAGACCUAUUCAAGUGCAACAUGAUUCAUGAAUUACUUCACAACCGAACACAUUAUAUGUCACCCUUGAGGAAAGAGAGUACUUCUCAUGUGCCGCCUCAAAUGAAUGAUUCAGGAGCAGGACACAAAUGGUUAAGUGAUCAACUGUUGUGUGUUCUUGCGUAUGUGCUGCUUGUAGUCGCAGUACUGAUGGCCAUCAUGAUUCUUUUGUACAGACGGAUUUACAGAGAACACAUAUCACCCUCAGGAUAGAAAUUGUGUUGUAAUUCUGUGACAGAGUUGACUUGUGUAAGUUAAUAUAUUUUGUAAAAUAUGCAAUGGCAGUAUGCAAGUCUGUCCGCUACCUAAUUGUCUCAGGUUCAACCAUGACAUACGACUUAAAAGGUAACCUGAAUAAACAAGUAACCAAAUAUUGAUAUGCUUAUUUUAUUUGAAGAACACAGUUUUGUAACAGUCAGUGCACCCCUGUUUAAACACGACUGCUAUCUAAGAAUCAAACCCUGGUUGUAUGCAUG